AUGCCCGUUGAGCUCCGCAAGCGCAAGGCCCGCGAGCCUCCUGCGCCGCCGCCCGCGCCCGCGAAGAAGAGGACGCCGGCUGCAAAGACCGGCAAGGCCGCUGCUACCAAGGUGAAGGCCGCUCCCGCAAAGGCCCCCGGCAAGAGAGGCAGACCUGCCAAGGCCAAGGUCGAGGAGGAGCCCGCCAAGGAGGAGGAAGAGAAGAAGGAAGAGGAGAAGGUUGAAGAGGAAAAGGAAGAAGAGAAGACUGAGGAGAAGGCCGAGGAACCUAAGGAGACCAAGAAGAAGAGCGACAAGGCCGAGGUUGGCGAUGUCGUUGACCUUGAUGGCUUCGGCGGCGAGAUUGAGACCAACGACGGCGAAAAGACAACUCUGAAGGCGCUCGUCGAUGAGAGCAAGGCUGGCGUCGUCCUCUUCACCUACCCUAAGGCUUCUACUCCAGGAUGCACAAAGCAGGUCUGCUUCUUCCGCGACUCGUAUGAGCCCCUCACAGCAGGCGGCCUGGCCAUCUACGGUCUCAGCACCGACUCUCCCAAGGCCAACACGACCUUCAAGGACAAGCAGAAGCUCCCCUACCCUCUGCUAUGCGACCCCAAGGCGACGCUCAUCGGUGCCAUCGGCCUCAAGAAGGUCCCCAAAGGCACCCAGCGCGGUGUCUUUGUCAUUGACAAGGAGGGUAAGGUGCUCGUUGCCGAGCCUGGAAGCCCCCAGGGCACCGUCGACAGAGUGAAGAAGCUCGUUGAGGAGCUGGGUGCUUAG